AUGGGGGACGCCGCCGGAAUUCGACGACUGGGUGCGGCAAGCACCGUCGCCGCCGUCGCCACGGACGCCCGUCCUUCCAUCUCCACCACCGACGCCCGGACUAAUCAGGCCGGCACGAUUGGGCGCCGCGCGUCGCCACCCUGUUAUACCACCGCGCCCUCCAUCGGCAGAGGAACUGGUAACGGCUAUUCGUCAGCGCCUGAUUAUCCGCACUUACCGACCACCGCUCCAACGACCACGCCCGCCUCCUCGACAACGACCACGCCCACAGCCUCGACAACGACCACGAACGAUACGCCCGACGAUACGCCCGACGAGACACCGAUACUUCGACGCCGACGUUCUGCCACCGCACCGCCUUAUUAUGCCGACCGUGCCCCGCCACGCACCGUACCGUCACUGGACUGGCCCUCCACCCAAUCGUCGUCCUCGUUAUGUGUUUCCUCGUCGGGGUCCGGUGUAUGA